UUCCAUCAGUUUCAAACAUUACAUUUUUUGAAACAGAACGUUGAAACCUCUCUUCCUCUAAUUUCUUUCCUUCCUCACUCUCUGUGGUGUGAAUGAAAUGGAAUCAAUCAGAAAACAAGCUACAAAGCUCAGAGAACAAGUAGCCAAACAACAACAGGCUGUCUUCAAACAAUUCUCUAGUGGACUAGGUGGACCAGAUAAUAGUGUUACUGAUGAAGUAAAGUUGCAGCAGCAUCAAAAACUUGAGAGAUUAUACAUUUCUACUCGUGCCGGCAAGCAUUUCCAAAGAGAUAUCGUCAGAGGUGUUGAAGGCUACAUCAUCACUGGUUCAAAGCAAAUUGAAAUUGGUACUAGAUUGUCAGAAGAUAGCCGAAAAUAUGGGGCUGAAAACACAUCUACAAGUGGUAGUACGCUAUCUAAAGCAGCAUUAAGUUACAGUAGGGCUCAAGGUGAAAUUGAGAAGGAACAUGAGGAUCUACUAAAGGCCCUUGGGACUCAGGUUGCUGAGCCUUUAAGAGCAAUGGUUGUGGGAGCUCCACUGGAAGAUGCUCGACAUCUUGCUCGACGUUAUGAUAGAGUGAGACAGGAAGCUGAAGCUCAGGCUAUAGAAGUUUCCAGACGCCAGGCUAAAGUGAGGGAAUCCAAUGGUAAUCCGGAAAGUGUAUCGAAGAUGGAAGCUGCUGAAGCAAAACUUAAGGACCUAAAGUCAAAUGUGGCUACCUUUGGCAAAGAAGUUUCUACUUCCAUGGCUGCUGUUGAAGCUCAACAACAGAGGUUAACACUCCAAAGACUCAUAUCCAUGGUUGAGGCACAGCUCCAUUAUCAUCAGCGAGUUUUGCAGAUACUUGAUCAGCUUGAGGCAGAGAUGAUGUCGGAGCGUCAAAGAAUUGAAGCAUUUCCUAGUUCAGCCACAAAUAAUUCAAUGCCUCCUUCCCCAUCUUAUACCGAAGUUAAUGGUGGACUUCAUUUUCAGUCAUAUGAUGGAUCCAUAGAUGGGACAACAUAUUUCUUGGCAGAGGUCGUACACCCAUAUGAAGCUGAGUCAGAUGUCGAGCUCACAUUAUUGAUUGGUGACUAUGUAGUUGUUAGAAAACUGUCAAACAAUGGUUGGGCUGAAGGUGAGUGCAAGGGAAAAGGAGGUUGGUUCCCAUUUGGGUAUGUAGAAAGACGAGAACGCAUUCUUGCAACCAAGGUAACUGAAGUUUUCUAGACAUUGCCAUUUAUGUAGACUGCAAAUUCGGCAUUAUGACUAUAUGCAGUUGUGGUUCCAUGCAAAGUCGUGAAUCUCUUGUGCAUCUAACUGUUGUUAGUGCCUUCGUGUUUGCUUUUGUAAUGGUGUAAUCAGGUUCUUGCAGUAAAGAAUGCUUGUUUUGGCUUUCUUGUCUUCUUUUAAUUUGGCCUUCCUUCUAUAUUUGCAGAAUGGGGAUCACAAAUUUUUGUUUUGAUAAUCUUAGGUAGAUGGGAAGAAAUCACUAGUUAUAAUUUAUUUAUCUUUUGUCUUUGUUGAGAAUUGAAUGUUGGUCUACCAUGGUAUUCUUUCCACCUUAUUGAACACUGGGCCACACUUUGGAUGCCACAACCGUUUCUUUUUAAAUGAUAAAUUCUAUGGCAACCAUGAGGCACUUU